CUACAAGAUCGCUAAUAUAACAAACACGAAAGCGGGGUUUACAUGCUUAAAACUACGAUAAUGAACCGUCCCGGGGGGAGGGGAGGCCAGGGGGGCGUGGCCUCGCCGUGGUUGGCCGAGCUGGUGUCAACACAGGCGGGACCCGCGGCGGGAGACUGCCAGCCCCAGAGUCUCCGCGGACCUCGGGGCGGGAUGCAGGCUGCUCCUCAGCUGGUGGUGCUGCCCGGGCCUCAUGGACUGCCCUACUGCGCCCAGGGCUGCGAUGCCAGCACCCUGCUGGCCCUGUACGGCCGAGCCAUGGGUGUCCCUCCAGCGCUCACCAUGUGGCACCAGCACCACCUGGCGCACCGACCCGAGAAGCCGCCCUUCUCCUACAUCGCGCUCAUCGCCAUGGCCAUCAGCGCCGCGCCCGGCCGGCGCACCACGCUCAGCGGCAUCUACCGCUUCAUCAUGGAGCACUUCCCCUACUACCGCGACAACCGCCAGGGCUGGCAGAACUCCAUCCGCCACAACCUCAGCCUGAACGACUGCUUCGUGAAGGUGCCGCGCGACCGGGGCUGCGGGGGCAAGGGCAGCUUCUGGACGCUGGACCCCGGCGCGGCGGACAUGUUCGAGCAGGGCAACUACCGCCGCCGCCGCUCCCGCAGGCAUCGCCCGCACGAGAGGAGCAAAGACAAGAGUCAUGGGGAGUAUGUCUCCUGCUGCGUGGGAGUUGAGACGCAGUCGAGGACCCUGCCUCGCCCCACCACCAGUGCUCCCCAAGCGACCAAUCCCCGCCCUCCGGCCAGCAGGCCCGCCCUCUUCUCCAUAGAGUACCUGAUCCAGAAGGACUCGUCGCGCCAGGCGGGUCUGCAGCCUUGCAGCAGGGUCGACAUCUAGACAUCUAGCUACGGGAGAAGCAGGUGCGAGCCGAUUCUCCUGCACUGCUUCAGUUCUGUACGUUCAAGUGUCAUCGGUCAUACUCUUCUCUGUGGUCGACGGAACAAACUGGUUGUAGGAAACACUGUUGGACAGUCAUGGAAUUGAUAAUACAUGAAUGUACUUGAAUUAUAUCUGGCUGUUAGAAGAAUAUGCGACAUCAUUGAGACUAAUACAUUUCAAAACAACCAUUUAGUACAUUAUUGCUGCAAUAAGUGUUUUUAUUGCUAGAUAUUCCAGAUUUAUUUUUUGAACUUUUAAAAAGACACUUAUCAAUUAAUUAAAAUAAAUAAUAUCAAUUUAUAUUUUUUAAAUGCCAUAGAUAACAUGUACUUAUUGCACCUACUACAUGCACAUCUGCAGCUAACCGACUCCGAGAGCCAACAGGAAAACUGUAGUCAUGGAGCAGCCGAAUCCCACUUGAACGACUUGAGCAGUGAUACGACCUCUAGCACAAGUUCUCGAGCGUGUACAUGACUGUGCAGGCUAGCCUGAAGGUGGAACAUUCAGUGAACCGGUGUGUUGCCUAACGGUAUCGCCUAUUUACCGAGCCCACGUGAGCCUGUUCCAGCUCUGUAGUCUCCGUGACAGUCAUAGAGUGGACAAAAGUCACUCGAGUGCUCAUGUCAUGACCAUAGAGUAGGGAGCACAUGCCAGCUGAAUACCAGCUUGCUUUUGGUCCUGAAAAUGAACAAAUAGUUUGCUGGCAUAGCUGUAAAAAAAUAUUAUUUUGAUGAUUGCUGACAUGAAUGUACAUUAUUAUAGUAUGGAGCACAUAAUUUCACCAAACUAUAAUUUAAUUUUCCAUCUGAACUCUGUGAAUUCGCUUUAUUACAUGCAAGAGCGAAAGCUUUUUUUAUCACUUGGGUUAUUGUACCGCUGUUAGUGUGGCAUGCCUGGAAGGACAGAGAGCAGUGGUAAAAUUUCAUCCCUCGAAUGUGAUACUUCUUGGCCGCAGGAAUAGGAAAGAAAUAUAAAGAGUUAGCCAAGUCAUAGUUAUGGUUCUCGGAUUGUACAGAACUUGGCAGAUUGGACUGACUGCCUAGCAUACCUCAAUAUGUGGUUCAAAAUUAUAGUUGCCUACAUUACUUAUUAUUAAAAAAGUUAAAAUGGCUAUGUACUUUUCCACAGUAUCAUGAUAAUAAUGAGAAUGUAUUCAGCAGGUAUAAAUUUUACAGUGAAAUAGGCUACUAAUUAAUUGCAGAAUAUGCCAUAUUUAAAGAACGGAAAUUUUCAUAAGCCCAUCGAACUAUUCAUACAAAAGUCAACAAUAUUAAAAGAUCUUAUAUGUCACAUAUUGAUUACGUGAGUUUCUGACGUCAGAGCUUCUACUAAAAUAAUUUCACCUGUAGACAACAACCCUGCUUGAUUAUAAUACAACAGGCAUAACAUUAAAAAUGUUCACUUAAUGUUAGGAGUCAAUCUAAACUAAUUUUUUAACUUAAAUAUUUCGAUUCUAAUUUAUCAUUGCAAAUGUGAUAUAGCACAUUACUAUGUAAAUAUUGACAAAUGUUUGUGCACAAUAAAAAGUUUAAUUUUAAAUGGUUUUUACAGUAGUAAAUAAAAGUAACAAGUGUGGAAUGUAUCAGGAAAGUGUUCCUAAUGUGAUCAGUAUUAUUAUAGAGAAAAAAAACUUAUUCGGUACUGAUUACAUUAGUUUUAUUUGACAAAUACAAAAUGAAUAUGAAAUUUGCAUGUGUAGUAUUUACCAGAAAAACUGCAAAUGAAUUUUAACUAGCUUUUGUUCUAUACUUUUGGUAUCAAUCGGUGAAAAUACAGAAAAAAGAAAAUAAA